ACACUCAAGUCCCCCCAGCCCGCUUCUUAUUUUGCAGACUUGAGUCGAGCCAAAGCAGUCGACAGUCUCCGCUGCAGCGGACGCACAGAAAAGACGCACAAGAGGAGGAAAGGAACUUCAGCAACGACUGCUUUUGCGGCAUGUUCAACCUGCGGCAGCCGCCGUCUAAACGCACCGACGCAGAAACCGUUUGAUUUUUGCUCCCUCCCCCUCCCCCCCAAAGCCAUUUGCAUGUAAAGAAACCUUCAACAUUGCAACCAUGUGGACGUCUCAUGAUACCGCUGGAUUUAUCGUCUUGGCUGGUUUUUUUGUGCAUUUUGGAUUCUCCUUUGAAGGUCGCUUCACCGAUCUGCCCUCCAACAUGACGGUUAAAGAGGGACAAAACAUAGAAAUGGCGUGCGCCUUCCAGAGCGGAACCACAUCAGUUUAUUUGGAAAUCCAAUGGUGGUUCGUGAAAGCGCCGGAACCCACCGAGACGGCAGAGGAUGUCGAUGCCGAAGAGAUGGAGAUAACGCCAGAGCCCGAUGAUGAGGGGACAAAAAUAAGUACAGUUAAAGUCCAGGGCAACGACAUCUCCCACAAGCUACAAAUCUCCAGAGUCAGCAAGAGUGAUGAGGGUUUGUACGAGUGCCGCGUGACACAAGCUAACUACGGGGAGAUUGUGGAUUACAAAGCCCAAGCUUGGUUGAGGGUUAACGCCACCGCCAGACCACGACGUCCACUGCAGCCUCCCAAGAAGAGCUCUCCAUUACACCUGACGGACAAGAAGCCAAGAAAGUCCACCUCGUCUUUGGGCCAAGACAACAUGAGUUCAGACCAAAGGGUGGAUUCUUCGUCUACUUCUCACACAUCAUCGAAUACAGCCAAACACAACACCAGCUCAGGUACAAGAAUAUCAACCUACUAUCGAUUCGCUAUCGUCCUGCUGGCUUGUGGUCUGGUGAGGGAGGCCUUGUUAUAAUAAGCAGAGGGGAUACGGCUGAAGAACUGACUUGGUUUGUCUCUGUUUGCUCUUAAAGUGAACACGAGAUUUGCUUGUUUUAUGUCCCCCCUCCCCAACCACGACCAUGCAGACUGCACAGUAUAAGCUUCAUUCCCCUGCCAAUACUACCGCUCUUGCACCCAGCACAUUAGCAAAGUCACCUUAAAAUCAGAUGGAAACAGCUUUUGUAAAAAAAAAAUAAAAAAAAAAGUCCAAGGUGCAAUGCUCCGAUGUGAAAAUGGACUCUGUUGUUAGAUAACUCACAUGGAGGAAUCACUUUCUUAUAGUUUUGCUGUUCAAGGUCACGUGUUCAUUUGUCAAAAUGGACAAGAAAAAAGAAUCUAUAUUUGUGUUAUAAAUAUAUAAAUAUAUAUUAAAUUAUCUGUUUUAUUUUAAACACCUAGAUUUAAUGUAUGUGCUGUAUACAUAGCUAACACCAUUUUAUUGUGAAUAGAUCAAGACUAAAAAGAGAUCAUUUCAUUUUUGACUGUUAACAUGAGACUUCUUUUUGUUUUCAUUUGUCUUGAAGCUGUUCAAAUGAUCCAGUGUGCAUACUUUUACAUCUCGUUUGUGAUACAAAUGUGCAUGCUUAAUGAUCAAGGCUUAAAGGAGCGGAGUGUACUACGAUAUUUGAACAACACGAGUCACCACUUGGAGUUCAGUGUUUUCAGUAUUUCAGAUUUAGCUUUAUUUUCAAUGUGCUAGUUUUGAUGUGGAGAAAAAAAAAAAUGUCCGUGUCAUUUUAAUUUGUAUUGCACCCUCUUAAUGAAUAAAAUGGAUGUCACAAUUCAUGAAUAAUUCCAAUAUGUGACAACUGGAGAAUCCAUUUAAUC